CACCAAACGCACCAGCAUGGCGACCGCGUCCCCCCUUGCCUCCACCCUCCCCUCGGGGGCUCAUCGCCACUCGAAACUCCGAGGAGCGAGCGCCUCGAAGACGCGCGCUCCCCGCUCCGCGCCGCGCGCGCGCGCCGCGGUCGAGGGCGCGCGCCCGUCGCUAUCGAUGCCUCCGCUCGAGCGCGACGACAACGGCGUGGAGAGGCUCGCGCUCCAGACGGACGGAUGGUCGUUCUGGGAGUGGCGCGGCCACAGGUGCAACUACAUCUCCGCGGGCGAGACGAACGACGGCCCCAUCGUCGUCCUCGUCCACGGCUUCGGCGCGCACUCGUACCACUGGCGCUACACCGUCCCCGCGCUCGCGAGGCGGGGAUUUCGCGUCUACGCGCUGUGCAUGCUCGGCUACGGGUGGUCUCCCAAGGUUGAGGAGCCGUACAGCAUGGAGUUUUGGGGGCAGCAGGUGAUCGACUUCACCCGCGACGUCGCGGGCGCGUCCCCAAGCGACAAGGCGGUCGUCGCGGGCAACUCCAUCGGCGCCCUCGCGGCGUUGUACGCGGCAUCCACCGCCCCGGAGCAGUGCCGCGGGCUGUGCCUGGUCAACUCCGCCGGUAACUUUGAGGAGGGCGCCAAGCCCGGACCGGAGAAGCCCACGCUGGCGCAGAAGGCGGUGGGUCAGACCAAGGGCCCCGACGGCAUCAGGGACCCGACGGACCCGAACCCGCGCCCUUACACCGCGCUGGAGCGGGCGCAAGAAGCGAUCGGGCGAGUCGUCGCGACGGGAAUCUUCUACUUCACCAAGGUUCGGAUAAAGACCAUCCUGGAGCAGGUGUACGAGUACCGCGUGGACGAGGAGCUCGUGCGGUCCAUCGCGCUCGCGGCGGAAGAUCCUGGCGCGAUCGGUACCUUCUACCAGCUCUCCCUCGCGGGAGGGCGCACGCGGGUCACCGCGGGUGAGCUCCUGGAGAAGUUUGACGGCCCGCUGAUGCUGCUGUGGGGGGAGAAGGACCCUUGGAUGACGCCGUCGAAGGCGGCGCGGAUAUUGGAGAUCAAGCCGGAAGCGUACUACGCGCCGGUCGUCGCGGGGCACUGCCCGCACGACGACGCGCCGGUGGAGUGCAGCGCGAAGCUGGCGGACUGGGCCGAGGCUCUCCCGGCGUGAUUCCGCUCGAGGCGGAUAUUCUCGCCACCCGCUCGCUUCGCUGUAAACUACCACCACCCGUGUCAUCUGAGAUUUUAUUCACAACAAGUAUUUAUUC